UGAGACAUAAUAAUUAAUUAAUUAGCAUUUUUUAGUGUUGUUUUUCAAGAAUUUAUGUCCGUACGAUAUGAAAACACCAGAAAACACAUUUUUUCUCUGGACGCAACGUUCAUGGUUGAACUCGAUUCUUUUUCAACUCGCCACAGGUGGAAACGCCGCCAUUUUUGUUGAUGGUCAACAAUAACCUAAAGAAAUUCGACAACGUUUAAUACGUUAAAUAAAUAAACAAUGCUAACAAUUGUUACUUGUAAUCACUAAUAUUUUAAAAAUGGUGGUGUAUGGGGUUUAUAUUGUGUCAAAAUCUGGAGGAUUAAUAUUCAAUUAUGAUCAUAAUGUUCCAAAAAUAGAACAUGAACGAACUUUUACUUAUCCUUUGGAUAUUAAAUUAAUUAAUGAAAAUAAGAAGAUUGUUGUAUCUUUUGGACAACGGGAUGGCAUCAAUGUUGGACAUGUUUUGAUGUCAGUCAACGGAAACCCAGUGGUUGGAAAGGAGUUGGAAGACGGCACAGAUGUUCUAGAGUACCUGAAUAAACCACAAAAUUUCCCAGUGACAUUAAAAUUCGGUCGAGCAAAGAUGACAACAAAUGAAAAAAUAUUCCUCGCUUCAAUGUUCUAUCCUUUGUUUGCAAUUGCCAGUCAACUGAGUCCUGAACCAAGAUGUUCUGGUAUAGAAGUGUUAGAAGCUGAUACCUUUAGACUUUAUUGUUUUCAAACAUUAACAGGAGUUAAGUUUAUGAUCGUAGCUGAACCUUCACAAGCUGGGAUGGACAUUCUAACCAAACGUGUGUAUGAACUUUAUGCUGAUUAUGCUCUAAAAAAUCCAUUCUACUCACUGGAUAUGCCAAUAAGGUGUGAAUUGUUCGACACUCAUCUAGUGAAUUUAUUAGAAACUGUUGAAAAAUCGGGUAUAAGCAAUGUAUAAUGCAAUUAUUAUAUUUUAUUAUUACAUAAUUAA